CUUGUCGAACACAUCUGCCAACAACUCCUAAUCACAACCACAAGUCGUGAUGGCACCUCCAAAUUACACAGGUUUCGACCCCCAGAAGCUCGUUCGAGCGUCAGGUCCGAACUCCGCCGACCCAUGGAAAAGAUACGAGGCGUGGAGAUACACGGGUCCCUUCAGCACGCGGAACCGCUUCAGAGGGUCGUUCCCGGGUCUGGGAAUCGGCGCGGGUGCUUUCGCCGUAUAUCUAGUGGUGGAGGCUCUGUUCUUCAAAGACGACCAUGCGCAUGGCAAGGAGCACGGAGAAUCAGGGCAUUAAGAUGAGCUGGCCACGGCAUUAGGGUCGCAAGCAUGGCGUUAUGCAAUCUAUCGAGGUGUUGGCAGCCACUAAGCUCUACGCUGCUUUGUACAUAUCCACGAGCUUUGUAUCACAAGCGAAGAAAUCAGAAUACACCGUAUGUCGAGCUUAGCAUAGUUGUACGGCCCGAAAAAAACGAUCUGGAUUGCCGUAGAUGUGUUGAAAGUCUGUGUAUGCAAUGGCUAGACAUCUGAAAAGACGUUUAAGAAGCCGUUAAGCAACAGCACAGACAUCGCCUUCCAUCAAUGGAAUCAUCAAAUUUAAAACUUCGCAUUCUCUUUCCAAA